UCUCUUCAGUAGAAAUUAAGCAAUAAAACUGUCAAGACAAAUACAACACAAGAACCAAAGAAGUUCUCAGAGUAAGUAAAUAAAUUCUUCCAUAAUGCUAUUUUCCAGUGUGGUUGAACUAGACUAACAUUUUGAGUGUAAAUGGAAUCCCUAAACUCUCUCUCGCUCCCCACAACACGAGCAGUGGUAAUUCCUACAGAAUAGCAAGUUAUUUUUAAAAUUCACGUGGUGUGAUUGGGACAAUAUGAAGCCGGCCACAAGUGUAUCUGGUGUAGUUAAGCUAUCAGUGUUAAGAAAUCAGUCUACUCCUAUCCAGCAAAACAGUUAAGUUAGGUGUUAAUGGAAAAACCAUUAAAAAACCCUAUUAUCCUAUGAAGAAAAAAAAUGAAUGCACUCAAGUGGAAAAGGAAGACUUAUUGAUCAAUUUUCAGAAAAAAGCUAAACUUGAUGCCCACAAUGUUCUAUUACGUAGACAGCAGCAAGUGGACAAUGAUUCUCAGUCUCUUCCCAGCUGGCUACAAGUUUUCAAAAAUCCCUGUCAGUGCUGUGGUAAGCGUGUCAGUGAAAUCCCCCCAAGUCCUGCGAUGUGGCCAUCUGAACCAACAGGGAUAGAUGGAGUCCCAUGGGCAAACCAUUUUCGAACCAGUCUUCUUUGGAGCAGCAAGGUGGCAGUCAAGGACUCUCCUUUUGGCUUGGGCUGUCACCCCAGAAAAACUUGAAGUUGGGAGCCCUCACUUUUAGAGGUGAGACGUCUCAAUGAACAGGUCACUGUGACAAUGAGAGUGCUACAAACAGACACUGUGACUCUGCUUCUCUCAGCUACUGUCAAAGGCUCUGCUGCGUGCAAAUCUGAGUGCACAGCAGGAAUCCACGGGAACAGAAAGUUGCUCAUCUCGCUCCCUGCCUUGUUCCAGCAGAAGCACUUGUGCAGUUCUGAGGUGGAUUGGAUGAGGAGACUGACCCACACCAAAACAGACUGCUGACUGGAUCGUUUCCCGGGAGGGGCUCCCUGUUUAAUCCAGGGGCUAGUGCAGGGACAGAGAAGUGGGAGGUGUGCGGAGUUGAUGAGGAGCUGCUGGGAGUCGGGAGCAGCCUGGAACACCAUGCCCUACCCCUCUCCUGGCCUUGGGAAGUUGUGAGCUGCUCAUGUCCAUAAGGAGGAAGGAUGGCUCAUGGAAUUCCUUCACAAGGCAAAGUUACCAUAACGGUGGAUGAAUACAGCUCCAACCCAACGCAGGCGUUUACACACUACAACAUUAAUCAGAGCAGGUUCCAGCCUCCGCAUGUGCAUAUGGUCGACCCUAUCCCAUAUGACACUCCAAAACCAGCGGGCCACACGCGAUUUGUCUGCGUCUCAGAUACACACUCCAGAACAGAUGGCAUCCAGAUGCCUUAUGGGGACAUCCUUCUCCACACGGGCGAUUUCACCGAACUGGGACUGCCCUCAGAGGUUAAGAAGUUUAAUGACUGGUUAGGAAACCUACCGUAUGAAUAUAAAAUAGUGAUUGCUGGGAAUCAUGAACUGACAUUUGAUAAGGAAUUCAUGGCAGACCUUGUUAAACAAGAUUACUACCGCUUUCCCUCUGUGUCCAAAUUGAAACCAGAGGACUUUGACAAUGUUCAGUCACUCCUGACAAAUAGUAUUUACUUACAAGAUUCAGAGGUAACAGUUAAAGGAUUCCGAAUAUACGGUGCCCCAUGGACACCAUGGUUUAAUGGAUGGGGCUUUAACCUACCCAGAGGUCAGUCUUUGCUAGACAAGUGGAACCUAAUUCCUGAGGGAAUUGAUAUACUAAUGACACAUGGACCUCCCCUUGGUUUUCGAGACUGGGUUCCAAAGGAGCUGCAGAGAGUGGGUUGUGUGGAACUGUUGAACACGGUGCAGAGGAGAGUAAGGCCCAAACUCCAUGUCUUUGGUGGGAUUCAUGAAGGUUAUGGCAUUAUGACAGACGGUUAUACAACGUACAUCAAUGCUUCAACAUGUACAGUCAGCUUUCAACCAACCAACCCUCCAAUUAUAUUUGACCUUCCAACCCCUCAAGGAUCAUGAAGCACUACUGCACAUUUGGAACUGGGGAAGGUCUAUAAACUGCCAUUUUCUAAUUAUCAAACUUACAUUCUGUUACAUGUUUAUUUGAAAAUUGGGGGGAACU